AGGUUGGUAAACAUUUCUCAUUCUGUUUUUUACCUUUUAAUUGUUGUGACGUUGUCACUUAAUCAACUUUCACUAUUUUCUGGGCUUCCGAGUUUCAUUUUUUCCAUUUAAUUGAUGUUUAAGAUGAAACUGAUGAUUGUGAUGACAAUUGUGAUCAUUAAAGUUACCGAAAGUAUGUAAUCAAUCAUCAAUUUCAUUCAAUCAAUUUCGCUUCAACAUCUUCAUCUGGUCAUAAUUUUCGAGUACCAAUAAUUACAAUUUCUAAUCAACUGCCAUUCGCGAUUUGUAAGGUUUUCUUAGAGAAGAUUUUUUUCUCUUUGUUUUGUUUUUGUUUUUCCAUUACAAUUUAACCUGUGGAUGUUUUCUCAAGGAUUAUUUACCUUUCAAAUUGAGUUAAUUAUGGUUCCCCGGUGAUUAGGAUGCCACUGAUUGAUCUCUAUAAAUUUCUAUAAAAUUUGUUCCAUUUAAUCAUCUUUGAUACAAGAGUAUCUUUUACAUCAGAAACAAAAAGAUGGAACAAUUAACCAUGUUAACCCUUCUCGCCUUCUCCAUGUUAUUUGGCAGCUAUUUUGCUGGAACUGUUCCGCUUGUGUUCAAUUUCUCAGAGGAAAAAUUACGAUUUCUAACCAUAUUGGGCUCGGGAAUAUUAGUUGGCACUGCUUUGUCAGUUAUUAUUCCAGAAGGGGUUAACACCAUUUACGCCUCAUCCUAUGAGUAUCAAAAUCACAUGAAAUCAUCAUCGUCAUCAUCAAAAUCACAUUCAGAAGAUUCACCUCAUUCUGUUAUUGGUUUCUCAUUGUUAAUUGGUUUCGCUUUUAUGCUUGUCAUUGACCAAUUUGCCAAUCGGCAUAUUAACUCUUCAAAUUAUUCCAGUCUCUCAACUAACGGAGAUAAUAGUCUAGAGGCCGGAGGAAAUGGUGACGGUGAUACAACUGUAAUCAGAUCACCAACAAGAAAAGGUGCCUCAUCCAAAGUAACUGCAACUAUUGGAUUAGUUGUUCAUGCGGCUGCUGAUGGUGUUGCCCUUGGUGCCGCUGCGACAACAUCUCACACCGAUGUUGAAAUGAUCGUUUUCUUGGCAAUUAUGCUUCAUAAAGCUCCAGCAGCUUUUGGUUUAAUUACUUUUUUGAUGCAUGAAGGUUUAGACCGGAAGAAACUUCGUAAUCAUCUAUUGGCCUUUUCCUUGGCAGCUCCAGUCGCAGCUUUUGUUACUUAUUUUGGUAUAAAUCAAUCGGCUCAAGAGACUCUUUCUGAUUAUAAUGCCACCGGUGUUGCAAUGCUUUUCAGCGGUGGUACUUUUCUCUACGUUGCAACUGUACAUGUUUUACCAGAGGUGACACAGCAACAAGCGUUGAAAUUGAGUGAACUUUUAACUCUAGUCGGUGGUUCGUUAUUACCUUCCCUGUUAACUGUUAAUCAUCACCACUGAGAGCAAAAGUAUCAUAUCAAGAAAAGGCAAUAACAUAAGUGAUUAUCAUGAUGCUGAUCCACGAAAUUUGUGAUUAUUUUUUUAAAAUCUUUCAAAAAAUAUACACAUUAUAUUUCAA